AUGUGGAGAUCCUUCUACAGCGACAUAACGUCGACUGCUUCGGCCGUCCUCCUGCAGAGGGGAAUAAGCAGACUACGCCCUAUCUUGUUAUCAAUGUUUCGGGCGUGUGUGGCUUUCAGCUACAUACCGAAUGCAUGGCGAAAAGUAAAGGUUAUCUUUAUAUCUAAGCCAGUAGGGCAAGAUUACACCUUAGUUAAAUCCUAUAGACCAAUUAGCUUAACAUCAUUCUUGCUGAAAACGCUAAAAAGACUCAGAAGAUCCACGGAUACGGCCUUACACACAAACCGCAUAGCGUGGGCAAUGAAGGACAAACUCUCCACCUUAGGAAUGUUCUUGGAUACUGAAGGAUCGUUCGAUAAAACGACCUUGAAAAGCAUAGAAUUAGCCCUACAAGAGCACGACGUGAACCCCACCCUGAGUAGGUGGGUGACCGGUAUGCUGACGAAUAGGGAAGUACUGAUUAAUGUAAGUGGCACUGAGAUCGAGGCUGUUGUAGACAGGAGAUGUUCCCAGGGAGGAGUAAUCUCUUCUGUACUGUGGGAUACCAUCGUUCACAACCUAAUACGACCGACGCCUCAGUGA